CAAACCUCUACUUAUAAACUUCUUUCGCUUCUGCUACGCCGAAUUAGCCCAGUUUUUCGUAAAUUUAAUGGAAGCAAUAUGGUAAUCAGAAGGAAAGUUCAGCAACAGCUACAGGGAAUAUAUAAUUUUCCACAUGGAACAAGGAAAUGGUUCAAAUGGAAAUAUGGGCAAAUUCUCCUGACACUGAAAGCAAUCUUCUACAAUGAAUUCAUGAACUCAAGUUACGCAUCGGAGGUCCUGAUGGAGCCUAUGGUUUGGAUCGUGGAUCAUUUCUCCAAAGCACUGGGCCCGAUCUUGGUUGGAGGCGUGAUAACCCUAACAAGUUCGGUAGUGGCCAUCGUGUACAUCAUUGGGCUGCCAUACUAUUGGAACAAGUCGCCCGUGCUGACCAGCUUCCUGAUGGUGCUGGGCCACUGGCUGCUGAUCAAUGUGGCCUUCCACUUUUACAUGGCUGCGAGGACCGACCCAGGAACGCCUCCAAAGGGCAUCCUAAUCAGCGAGGCCGUUAGUGUGUGCAAGAAAUGCAUAGCCCCCAAACCUCCCCGGACUCACCACUGUUCCGUGUGCAACCGCUGCAUACUCAAGAUGGACCAUCACUGUCCCUGGCUCAACAACUGUGUGGGACACUACAAUCACCGCUACUUCUUCAUGUACAUGGUCUACAUGACUCUAGGAACCAUAUUCAUCAUGAGUCUGGGCUUCGAGAUCGCCUACAAGGAGAUCUGGCUUGGGGGGGAGAUGGGUGCGGGACUAAGCCAUGCGCUACAGUACAUGGAAGGGAAUUUCGACUCGCAUGAAGAGGAGGAAAAGCUGGAAGGAUACCCAGCUAAUGUCAAUGGCACGCACAUGAUUCCCAUAGUGGGAGGUACGACUGGUAUCCCAGUCCCCUUAGAGACUCCUGAGGAAGAGCAGAGCAAACAGAGAAAAAAUUAUUGGUAUCGCUUUGCCAUAAUGUAUACAGGAAUGUUAACCACAGGUGUGUUCUUCUCUCUUGGAGGCCUUGCGACGUGGCACGGCAGACUCAUAUCCAAUGGAGAAACCAGCAUUGAGGCGCACAUCAACCGGAAAGAGACAGAACGAUUGUCCAAGAUUAAUCAGGUUUACAAAAAUCCCUAUGAUUUUGGGACAACAGAAAAUUGGAAAAUAUUCCUUGGAAUGACACAUGGCAGAGGACUGCGUCAUGUGUUGCUGCCAUCUACGCACCUCGCCAACGGCACUGGACUCACGUGGCCUAACUCUAUAAUAGCAGCUGCUAGUCAUGACAAAGCAGCAUGACAAAAUGUGUGAGCUGGUCAGAACAUUUUAUAAAGGCUUUGUAUAAAGUG